CCCCCGCCCCACGUGGCGACACUCUAGCCAGCAGCGUCUCUAAAGGCCUGCGGGGAGGCUGCGUAGCCCACCUCUCUAUGGCCCGGCGGAGAGCCCCGUCUCCUGCGCGGCCGCCUGCAGCAUCAUGGAGCAGCUUCCGAAGCUUGCAGUGUUUGAUUUGGAUUACACGCUCUGGCCUUUCUGGGUGGAUACGCACGUAGACCCCCCGUUCACCAAGAGCAGUGAUGGAACUGUGCGAGAUAGGAGGGGCCAGACCAUCCAGCUGUACCAUGAGGUGCCUGAGGUUCUGGAACGAUUGCACAGCCUGAAGGUGCCCAUGGCAGCUGCUUCCCGGACAGGUGAGAUUGAUGGGGCCAAUCAGCUAUUGGAGCUCUUUGACCUUGUCAAGUACUUGGUUCAUCGGGAAAUCUACCCUGGCAGCAAGGUCACCCACUUUAAAAGGUUACAGCAGCAGACCAAUGUUCCUUUCUCCCAGAUGAUUUUCUUCGAUGAUGAGAGUCGGAAUAUUAUUGACGUCAGCAAAUUGGGUGUUACCUGCAUUCUUGUCGAGAAUGGAAUGAGUCUUCAAACCCUCACUCGAGGAUUAGAGAGAUUUGCAAAGGCCCAAGCUGGACCCUGAGGUCCAGUCUGGUGGAAAGAGCCAGAUUUCAGCCAUUUGAGGCAUAAAACUGAGUAGAAAUCAAGAAGGCGUUUCCAGAUGCAUUUGUAAAUUAUUAAAGUGUACUUGUGUGACAGAAGA